AUGCCAAAGCCUUGGGUAGUGUUCGGGCUGGGAGCCUUGACAUUAUUGUUCUGGCGGCUCUGCAGAAUUGGGCGACGACCAAAAAACUAUCCUCCUGGACCGCCGACACUGCCAUUGAUCGGUAAUCUUCAUCAAAUGCCCAAGAAAAAUGCUCACUUGCAGUUUCAAAAAUGGGCAGAAGAGUAUGGACCGGUGUACUCGCUCAUGCUGGGAACCAAAGUAGCCAUUGUCUUGUCAUCAGAUGUCGCUGUGAAAGAUCUCUUAGACAAACGGAGUUCAAUCUACUCAGGUAGACCGGAGCUAUAUAUGGGCCAAGAAAUUAUGAGCGGCGGGUAUCGUCCACUGUUCAUGGGAAACAAUUCUGUCUGGCGCAUGGUAAGAAAGCUUGCACACAGUCUUCUCAACAUAAAGGUCUCUCGAACCUAUGUUCCAUAUCAAGAUCUUGAGGUCAGGGCCAUGUUGAUGGGCCUCCUUGAAAGUCCAAAAGAUUUCCUAAACCAUAUCCGACGCUAUACCACAUCAUUAACCACACAAAUGGCUUUUGGGUACCGUACUCCAGCAAGCGACGACAAAAAUCUGCUAGAGAUGUUCGAAAACUUUGAUGAGCUUUCCAGGCUGACUGGAAGCCAAUCCGCCGCUAUCCUCGACUUAUUUCCUAUUGCUAGAAUUUUGCCCGAUUUUCUCGUCCCUGUUAGACGAUUGGGAAGAAAGUACCAUGAGAGAGAGAAACGAUUGUUUAUGAAGCACUUCUUGAAUGCUCGUGAGCAGCUGAGGAGCGGAACCUCAAAACCUUGCUGUGCCAUUGAUCUCCUUCGGACACAAAAAGAAUAUGGAUUCUCCGAUGAGUCGGCCUGCUACCUGAGCGGCUCUCUCUUGCAGGCCGGCUCUGAAACGACGGCCAUCAUUUUGACUGGCUUCUUCCAGGCGAUGCUAGUCUUUCCCGAAGUUGCUAAAGAGGCGCAGGCAGAAAUCGAUCGUGUCUGUGGAGAUCGUCUGCCUGAUCUAAAUGACUAUCCAGAUUUGCCUUAUAUCCGCGCUUGUAUGAAGGAGAGCUUGCGCUGGAUGCCUGCUACUGCCCUGGGCGUACCGCAUGCUGUGACCCAGGACGAUUGGUACUUAGGCUAUUAUAUCCCCAAGGAUGCAGGAUUGAUCCUAAAUGUCUGGGCUAUUCACAAUGAUCCAAAGCGACACCCCGAUCCACGAAGAUAUAACCCUGCUCGUUGGGCGGGUGACAACCAGAAUUCAGCCCAAGCAGCAGUCAACCCAGAUCCUACCAAGCGAGAUCACUUUGUCUUUGGUGCCGGUCGGAGAUUGUGCCAAGGAAUGCAUAUUGCUGAUCGAUCGCUCUUUUUGGCCAUGUCGCGUACACUCUGGGCAUUUGAUCUAAAGCGACCGGUGGAUAAGGAAACAGGACAUGAGAUUAUGCCCGAUGUUGAUAACAUCAAGGAUGGUUUGUUCAUAUCCCCAAUGCCAUUUUCAGCCGAUAUUGCUCCUAGAAGUCAAAGUCGUGCUGCGGCAGUCAAGCGAGAGUGGAACAACGUGGCUGAGUUGCUUGACGAUGAGAUGCAGUGGAAGACUGUUCCAGAAGGCCUCAAGUGGAAAGAUUACGAGCCUCUAGACGGCGAAAAUGAAGAUUCACUUGAGUCGCUCUCUUGA